AUGUCUCACUAUGGCAUGGGAAGUAUAAGAUCUCCACCAAGUGAAAACGGUUGUAACGGCGAAACAAGUGAAGUUCGUCGCAACAUCCAAGACGAUUGGCAACGCCGUGACGAUAUUCUUUUAUUGACAACCGCUAUUAAACGUCUGGUUGAUUUUCUAAAUCAAUUUGAAUCUUCAUGUCGAUUUCGUUUAUCGACAUUAAACGAAAAACUAACAGCGCUUGAACGACAUGUUGAUUAUCUCGAAGCACGAGUUAGCAAAGGCGAAACACUCAAUUAA